AUGAAUUCGGUAGACGGCGAACCGAUAAAAUACGCAAAUGUUGGCGAUCAGCUAGUCCACAAAUGGAGCUGUGAAUCAGAAGAGUACGGUAUGCUUAUUCAUUCAUGCUUCGUUCAUAAAUCUGAUGGUGCCAGUUUCCAAUUUGUUGAUAAUCAGGGCUGUGUCAUUGACCACACAUUAAUGGAACCAUUGAUUUAUAAUGAUGAUCUCACGGUAGCACAUUCGGUGGUGCCAGCGUUCAAAUUUGCCGAUCAGCUUACCAUUCGUUUUCAGUGCAAAGUGACAUCAUGCAAUAAAGCGCAAAAUGGCUGUGAAGGCAUUUCGCCACCCAAUUGCGAAAUUGUUUCAACUUCGACUUCGACUACUGAACAUUCUAAAGCAGUUCCUGAUAAAUCAACUUCGAUGACUAAAUCUCCUGAAGUAGAUUCUAAUGGAUCGGAAGGUAUGGAAUGGGAUAAGAUGAUCUUGGCUAUUGUACUAAGCAACACAGCUGCAUCGAACCUAUAG